AUGGAUAACAUAUUGGUAGGUGAUCAAGGCGGGAGUAGCAUGUUGAGGGACUAUAGAAAAGGGAAUUGGACAGUACAAGAAACUAUGGUACUUAUAGAAGCAAAGAAAAUGGACGAUGAAAGGAGAAAUAGAAGGCAAGGGGAUAUUAGUGAAAGGGGAAAACCAACAGAGCUAAGAUGGAAAUGGGUUGAAGACUAUUGUUGGAGAAAUGGUUGUUUGAGGAGCCAAAACCAGUGUAAUGACAAAUGGGAUAAUCUCAUGAGAGAUUUCAAGAAAGUUAGAGAAUAUGAAAGAAGAGAGGCUGAGAAAGCAGCAGAAGGUGGAGAAGAAAUUAUGAGAUCUUAUUGGAAGAUUGAGAAGAAUGAAAGGAAAGAAAAAAGUUUGCCUACUAAUAUGUUGCCUCAGAUUUAUGAGGCAUUAGUUGAAGUUGUGGACAGAAAAGGCCAAAGAUUUUUGCCUGCUUCGAAUUCUUUGCCUCCUACAUUGCAACAACAAUCAACUCAACCUCAAAUUACACCUUUGCCACUUCCACCACUACCAUUACCACCACCACCAACAGUAGUAGCACAAACAGCAGCUCAUCAACUUUCUGAUGUUGCUUACACUGGUCAAUAUCCUUUUCCCACAAUUCACCAGCCAAGAAAAGAAAGAAUGAGUGGUGAAGGAACCAGUAGUGGCACAGCAAAAGGUAACAUUAACAACUCAUCACAAGAAGUUGGCUCUGCUAUCUCCAAAAGUGCUGCUAUUAUAGCAGAAGCAAUUCAGUCUUGUGAAGAGAGAGAAGAGAGAAGGCACAGAGAACUCCGUAUUCAGCCAUGUUAUUGUGACAUUUCAUUUAUCCAAUAUUUACUACACUAUAUUAUAUUAAUGGAGUUUCAUUUACUCUAUGUUUAUGUAUUGGAGAUGUGUGAUAGCUCAGAUCCUGAUACAAGUGAUCAUCGUUCAGAUUCACCAGCCAAGAAAAGAAGAAUGAGUGGUGAAGGAACCAGUAGUGGCACAGCAAAAGGUAACAUUAACAACUCAUCACAAGAAGUUGGCUCUGCUAUCUCCAAAAGUGCUGCUAUUAUAGCAGAAGCAAUUCAGUCUUGUGAAGAGAGAGAAGAGAGAAGGCACAGAGAACUCUUAACUUUGCAUGAGAGAAGGCUGCAAAUUGAGGAGUCAAACGCUGAGAUCAAUAGGGAAGGAAUCAAUGGACUUGUGGAUUCUAUCAAUAAACUUGCUAAUUCCAUCCUUGCUUUGGCUGGUAACAAGAAUCAAUCAGCUCCCUAAAUUAUGUAGCUAUAUUGUCAUUAAUUCUUCUUACUCAUUUGGUGAAGAAGUACUUUAGGAAAAUAUAACAAGAGAGACUAUAAUUAUUAAAUUCCAAUUGAUUGUACAGUGCUGAUGAAUAUUUGAUUAUGGUCAUCAUGUAUCUUUGCUAAUC